AAAGCUUCACCACAAACAGUGCCGAAGCAGUGAGGCCGACGCAAGCUGAGCAACAAUCCAAACCCCAAAAAACUCAGUCCAUCCAUCCAUCCAUCACCAGAUUACAAAAAAGCGCCUCUGCCACUCUGUUUCCUGCUGCACCACCUCCAAUCACCAAUCUUCCACCUCCUAUUUUCAGAUUCCGGGACACCCAUUUAGCCGCCGCCGGGAACCCGACAACCUUGGCCGGAAAACACAGACCCAGCUCGCCGGAAAACUGAAAGCAUGGAUUUGGACUUCUGGGCUUCGAGGGUUCACUCCGCCAAGCACUUCGCUGCAGUCCAAGCUGCCCGGCUCCACUCUGAUAAUCAUUUGAUCUUGGACGAUUCAGAAGGAGAUGAUGAUGCGAGAGCAUGCUUUCCAUGCCCCUUCUGCUGUGUGGAUAUUGAACUAGCUGUACUUUGUUCCCAUCUUCAGGAAGAGCAUUGCUUUGAUUUUAGAAAUGCUGUCUGUCCUAUAUGUGCAGCAAAUCUAGGCAAAGAUGUAAUGGGACAUUUUAGAGAGCAGCAUGCACAUUCAUUGAAGCGAAGGAGAAAAGCUCAUAGGUCCAGUCUCUGGAUGAAUAAUCCUGCAACGCUUGGCAAAGAACUGCGAGAACUGAGCUCUUUUCUUGGCUCAACUACAACAAAUAGCAGGGGUAUUCCUCAUGACUCUGCACCUGAUCCACUCCUCUCACCAUUUUUGUGCAAUAUACCUCUUCUAGAUCUUGAAGUUAACCAACAAGAUAAAUAUUCCAUGAAAGGAUUCUCCACCACUUCUGAUGUGAAAAGCUCUGAACCAUCAAUAAUGAAUGAAGGCAAUGAACAGGAUUACAAAGAGAGAAUUCAGAGAGCAGCGUUCUGUCAGGAGCUGGUAUUCUCUAUCAUUUUCUAGGAUGUUCCUCACCUCGAGGGGAUGCUUUGGUCAUAACUCAUCAAUUAAGCUGUAUCAAUGGAGGUCAGGUUUGGAUAUUAGUGCAUGCAUAAUUUUCAGGGGAAAAUUAUUUUUUUUAUGAUUGGUUUUCUGGAAGAACUUGAAAAUGGUUGACAAGUUCUCCAUUUGUCAGUUGUGGCUACAUUGAGGGCAUUGUAUAUCCAUUAAUUGUAUAGAAGUCUUUAAUAUUAGUAUCUGUAUGGAACCACGACCCAUAUGAAAGCUAUGUUAAUUUGUAAUGAAUAGGGACAGAUGCCUUUAAUUUCA